UUUUGUCCUAUUCCUUCUCCAAUUUACAGGUCACUAGUAAUUAUCAGCACUUUAGAUGGACGUAUCGCUGCCUUGGAUGCUGAGGAUCAUGGUAAAAAGCAAUGGGAUUUAGACGUGGGAUCUGGUUCCUUGGUUUCAUCUAGCCUUAGCAAGCCAGAGGUAUUUGGGAAUAAAAUGAUAAUUCCUUCCCUGGAUGGAGACCUCUUUCAGUGGGACCGAGACCGGGAGAGCAUGGAAACUGUUCCUUUCACUGUUGAAUCCCUUCUUGAAUCUUCUUAUAAAUUUGGAGAUGAUGUUGUUUUGGUUGGAGGAAAAUCCCUUACUACAUAUGGACUCAGUGCAUAUAGUGGGAAGGUGAGAUAUAUCUGCUCAGCUUUGGGGUGUCGCCGAUGGGAUAGUGAUGAAAUGGAAGAAGAAGAAGACAUUCUGCUGCUGCAACGCACCCAGAAAACCGUGAGAGCUGUCGGACCUCGUAGUGGCAAUGAGAAGUGGAAUUUCAGUGUUGGCCACUUUGAACUUCGGUAUAUUCCAGACAUGGAAACUAGAGCUGGCUUUAUUGAAAGCACCUUUAAGCCCAGUGGAAACAAAGAAGAUACUAAAAUUAUUUCAGAUGUGGAAGAACAGGAGGCUGCCAUGCUGGACACGGUGAUUAUAAAGGUCUCAGUUGCUGAUUGGAAGGUUAUGGCAUUUAGUAAGAAGGAAGGACAUCUGGAAUGGGAGUAUCAGUUUUGUACUCCAAUUGCAUCUGCCUGGUUGGUUAGGGAUGGCAAAGUUAUUCCCAUUAGUCUUUUUGAUGAUACAAGUUACGCAUCUAAUGAAGAAGUUUUGGAAGAUGAAGAAGACAUUGUAGAAGCUGCUCGGGGAGCCACAGAAAAUAGUGUAUACUUGGGAAUGUAUAGAGGCCAGCUGUAUCUGCAGUCAUCAGUCAGAAUUUCAGAAAAGUUUCCUACUAGUCCCAAAGCCUUGGAAUCUGUCAAUAAUGAGAAUGCAAUUAUUCCUUUGCCAACAAUCAAGUGGAAGCCCUUAAUUCAUUCUCCAUCUAGAACUCCUGUCUUGGUAGGUUCUGAUGAAUUUGACAAAUGUCUUAGCAAUGAUAAGUUUUCUCAUGAAGAAUACAGUAAUGGGGCACUUUCAAUCUUACAGUAUCCUUAUGAUAAUGGUUAUUAUCUACCAUACUAUAAGAGAGAAAGAAACAAACGGAGCACACAAAUCACGGUUAGAUUCUUCGACAACCCAAAUUAUGGCAAGAACAUUCGUAAAAAGGAUCCUGUUCUUCUCUUACACUGGUGGAAGGAAAUCGUUGGAACUAUUCUGUUUUGUAUCGUAGCCACAACUUUUAUUGUGCGCAGACUUUUCCACCCUCAGCCUCACAGACAAAGGAAGGAGUCUGAAACUCAGUGUCAAACUGAAAAUAAAUAUGAUUCUGUAAGUGGCGAAGGCAGUGACAGUAGCUGGAAUGAUCUGAAAAACUCAGGAUAUGUAUCACGCUACCUAACAGAUUUUGAACCAAUCCAGUGCAUGGGUCGUGGUGGCUUUGGAGUUGUCUUUGAAGCUAAAAACAAAGUAGAUGACUGCAAUUAUGCUAUCAAGAGGAUCAGACUCCCCAAUAGCACAGACUGGCCACUCAGCUCUCCUAGCCCAAUGGAGGCACCAUCCGUUAAGAUUCGCAGAAUGGAUCCUUUCUCUACAAAAGAACAUAUCGAAAUCAUAGCUCCUUCACCUCAGAGAAGGAGGUCUUUUUCAGUGGGGAUUUCCUGUGGCCAGACAAGUUCAUCUGAGAGCCAAUUCUCUCCUCUGGAGCUCUCAGGAACAGACCAAGGAGAUGGCAGUGGGUCAGUGGAUGCAGCACACAACCUCCAGGACAGUUGCCUGACAGACUGUGAUGUAGAAGAUGGUACCAUGGAUGGCAGUGAUGAGGGGCACUCCUUUGAACUUUGCCCUUCUGAAGCCUCUCCUUAUGUAAGAUCAAGGGAGAGAACCUCUUCUUCCAUAGUGUUUGAAGAUUCUGGCUGUGAUAAUGCAUCCAGUAAAGAAGAUCUCAACAUUAACCGGUUACACAUUGGCAACCAUUAUGCUAAUAAACUAACUGAUUUCAAGUAUUCCAGCAGCAAAUCUUCUGAAGCUACAUUGUCUCUUUCCCCUCCAAGACCCACUACUUUAAGUUUAGAUCUCACUAAGAACACAACAGAUAAGCUUCAGCCCAGUUCACCAAAGGUGUAUCUGUACAUUCAGAUGCAGCUGUGCAGAAAGGAAAACCUCAAAGACUGGAUGAACCAACGGUGUACCAUCGAGGAGAGAGAGAGGAGCAUAUGUCUGCAUAUCUUCCUGCAGAUCGCAGAGGCAGUGGAGUUUCUACACAGUAAAGGACUCAUGCACAGGGACCUCAAGCCUUCCAACAUUUUCUUCACAAUGGAUGAUGUAGUCAAGGUUGGAGACUUCGGAUUAGUUACGGCAAUGGACCAGGAUGAAGAAGAGCAGACGGUUCUGACGCCAAUGCCAGCCUAUGCCACACACACAGGACAAGUAGGGACCAAACUAUACAUGAGUCCAGAGCAGAUUCAUGGAAACAACUACUCUCAUAAAGUGGACAUCUUUUCUUUAGGCCUGAUUCUGUUUGAAUUGCUGUACCCAUUUAGCACUCAGAUGGAGAGAGUCAGGACCCUAACUGAUGUAAGAAAUCUUAAAUUUCCACCACUAUUUACUCAGAAAUAUCCUCACGAGUAUUUGAUGGUUCAAGACAUGCUCUCCCCAUCCCCCACGGAACGGCCUGAAGCCACAGACAUCAUUGAAAACGCUGUAUUUGCAGACUUGGAGAUUCCAGGAAAAACAGUGCUCAGACAGCGCUCCCGCUCCAUGAGUUCAUCGGGAACAAAACAUUCCAGACAGUCCAGCACCUCUCACAGCCCUUUGCCCAGCAAUUAGCUUUCACUUGUGCAAGCAACCCAAGCAGGUGACAGGACAGCCACUUCUGAGGAGGGUGGCAUUCCAGAUUGUUUUUUGCACAAUUUUUCUUUCUUUUUUUUUU